GAAAAGAAAAAUUGCAGCUUCUUCUUUCAAUAAAGGGUUCUUGUAAACCCUCGAAAUACCCUGAAAUAAUUUUGAAUUAUAUUUGGGCGUAGUUGUCGAGGUUUCUGCAGGAUGACCCUUGUCCUGCAGACCUCUCAGCGUUAACUGAUCGCUUGCUGAACCAGUUAACGUUAUAGUGACUACGAACUAAGUUAGCCGUUAGCUUGUUAGCGGCUAGCUAGCUUUAAUGGAUGGUGACCCAAAACAGGUCAUUGUCGACUUGAGCGAGGUGUGUGACUCGUGUGAAACAUAACUUUUGCACCGCUCUGUAAAUAUCCACUAACCUCUUCAUCGGGUCCAACAUAAGAAUGGAUUUAAACUUUUACUCUGACCUGUCGGGUGGUUGUGCCCAAAACGGCGAUCCGGAGUUUUUGGACACGCAGGGAUACAGUGAAUAUUCUGACAAUAAGUUUCCAGGAAACAGUGACAGUUACCUGACCAUCACAGGAUCAGGUCAUCCCUUCCUUUCUGCCGAGCAAACAUUCCAUACCCCCAACCUGGGGGAUGAAGUAUUUGAGAUUCCUCCCAUCUCCCUGGACCCAGACACGGCGCUGUCCCACUUCGGGGAACUGUCAGAGGGUGCUGGGGGACCUUCAGGCUCCGACACGCUCGUUAGCAACCUGGUAGUGGGGGCCAACGACCCGUCAUUUGCCUCAACCUUUGUGAACCCUGGCACCCAAGGCUUGGAGCACCUAAAUUUAGGGGUGGCUGGAGGAGGAGCUCUACUCAGCUCCUCGGUACUUGAAAUGGACAGUUCAAAUGGGUCCCAUUUCAAUAGCUCCUCCCCCAUGACUAUUGACGUUCAGCUUGGUGAAAUCAGUACAGGUCUCUUGGGAAGCAGUCACCUGGCCACAAUCAACCAAUCAGAACUGGGGCUGGGUCUUUGCAGUGGGAAUAUGCUGCCUCGGUCCAACUCACCUGAGCAGACCCUCUCAGCCAAACUGUCUCCAGCUGAAUCCCUACAGGAUGAAGACAUGGAUAACUUCAGGAGUGUGCUGGUAGAUUCUCCAAUGUCUCUCUCAUCGCCCGCUGUCCCCUCCAACCUAUCCUCCCAUUUGGUCCACCAGUCCAAUGCGACCGUAGCUGCUUCCCAGAGAGACGGGGGUAAGCCAGCUGCAGUGGUGACAGUGACGGUGCCUGCGGGGGGAAAGAAAGGGAGGAAGAAGAAAGACCCUAAUGAGCCUCAGAAGCCUGUGUCGGCCUACGCCUUGUUCUUCAGAGACACCCAGGCAGCUAUCAAGGGCCAGAAUCCCAAUGCCUCCUUUGGAGAGGUGUCAAAGAUUGUAGCCUCCAUGUGGGACAGCCUGGCCGAGGAACAGAAACAGGUGUAUAAGAGGAAGACUGAAGCAGCCAAGAAGGAAUAUUUGAAAGCCUUGGCAGCUUACAGAGCUAACCAGCUUUCACAGACCUCCAGUGAAGUGAUGGAGACGAUCCCCCCAUCACCCCCGCCUGUGGUCAAUCCAACGCCAGCAGUCCCACUUGCUGCUUCUACUAACCAGCCUGCCCGCCAGCUACAAAACAGUGUUGAAGAAAACACCAUCACCAACAUUUGUGCCUCUAACAUAAUUCUGGAUGUUCCAGAAGUGACCACACGCUCCCGUACAGGGGCAAAUAAAACGUCUUCUCCUGCAGCCGUUGCUCCUCCCACCCAGACCAUCACCAAAAUCAUCAUCUCCAAGCAUAUGCUCCAGGCUGGGGGCCAUGUGGUGACCCUGCUACCCGGUGGGGUCCGGGCCUUGCAGCCAGCUGUCAUGGCCUCGAUGGCCUCACGCCAGCCCCCGCCACUGCAGCAGAUGCAGAACGCACCACCUCCUCCACGACUUCAGCAGAUGGCUCCGGCUCCACCGCCCUUGCAGGCUAAGCCCCGUGAAGGAGGCAUCACCUCAGGUCUUCCUGUGUCCAUCACCACUACACCUCCACCUCCACUCCAGAUAAAAAUCGUUCCGGCCUCCGUUCGGGGUAACAAGGCCAUGCCUAUUAUUGUUACAACUGCAACCGCUGCCAGCCCAGCUGGCACAAUGUCCUCUGUGAUCACACCUAGCAUAGCCAUGCAGCUGGGGAACUCUGCUGACCUGUCAGGCAAUCCAGGGGAGGUACUUGCAGAAGUGUUGCCUACAGAAGAGGUCGAGAUGGAACUGAAUGAAUCCAGUGAUGCCUCUUCUGCCUCAAGUGUGUGUGUGAGAGCUGGCUGUAAUAACCCGGCAGUGGAGAGCAAAGACUGGGACAAGGAGUACUGCAGCAAUGAAUGCGUAGCAACUCAUUGCAGGGACAUUUUCAUGGCAUGGUGCUCCAUCAAGAACCAGAGCAUGGGAACAGUCAAAUAAAGAGCAGCUACAACCAUAGAAGCCAGAUUUUCCAGGUGCCACUUGUUUGUCGUUAAUAGAUGGAAGCA